AGCAGAACCCCAUCUGUAAAAUAAAGAAAUAAUAAAAGAAAUACAUACAUUAAAAUAAAAUGGAAAAUGUCUUGCCAUUUUACAUGUUUAAAGAACAGUAUAUAAUGACUCUUUAGGUAUCCAUCAUGAAAAUUUGAAAAUAACUCACCUAUGUGCAAUCUCUCCCAUCUGGAAAUCUUCUUGGCCAUAUGUAUUAAGAGAAUCCUAUGUAUUUUAUUGCUUCAAAUAUGGUCCAAAUGCAGGAAUCACCUUGCCUUUUUUCUCUCUCUUUUUCUCCCUUUCUAUCCCACCCACCCCAUCCUGGCUCUUUCAGUUUUUAUUUUCAGCACUGCAACUCUGAUGGUCCAGCUCCACCAGGACACAGAUCCCCAGAUCCCUAAAGGUCAGCCAUGCACCCUGAACAGCUCAGAGGGAGGAGCCAGACCAGCAGUGCCUCACACCUUGUCCUCUUCUGCUCUAGACAGAUGGCUCCAUAAUGACAGCUUCAUAAUGGCAGUGGGUGAGCCCCUGGUGCACAUCAGAGUUGCUCUUCUGCUGCUCUGGUUUGGGAUGUUUUUGUCUGUUUUUGGCCACUCUCAGGCCAGGCCCUCCCAGCGUUUCACUUCUCCAGAAGUGGUGAUCCCUUUGAAGGUGAUCAGCAGGGGCAGAGGUGCAAAGGCUCCUGGAUGGCUCUCCUAUAGCCUGCGGUUGGGGGGACAGAGAUACAUUGUCCACAUGAGGGUAAAGAAGCUGUUGUUUGCCGCACACCUCCCUGUGUUCACCUACACGGAGCAGCAUGCCCUGCUCCAGGAUCAGCCCUUCAUCCAGGAUGACUGCUACUACCAUGGUUAUGUGGAGGAGGUCCCUGAGUCCUUGGUUGCCCUUAGUACCUGUUCUGGGGGCUUUCUUGGAAUGCUACAGAUAAAUGACCUUGUUUAUGAAAUCAAGCCAAUUAGUAUUUCUGCCACAUUUGAACACCUAGUACAUAAGAUAGACAGUGACGAUACACAGUUUCCACCUAUGAGAUGUGGGUUAACAGAAGAGAAAAUAGCACGCCAGUUGGAGUUGCAAUUGUCAUAUAAUUUCACUCUGAAGCAAAGUUCUUUUGUGGGCUGGUGGACCCAUCGGCGGUUUGUUGAGCUGGUGGUGGUCGUGGAUAAUGUUAGAUAUCAUUUCUCUCAAAGUAAUGCAUCAACAGUGCAGCAUGAAGUAUUUAAUGUUGUCAAUAUAGUGGAUUCCUUCUAUCAUCCUUUGGAGGUUGAUGUAAUUUUGACUGGAAUUGAUAUAUGGACUGCAUCAAAUCCACUUCCCACCAAUGGAGACAUAGAUCAUAUUUUAGUGGAAUUUUCUGUUUGGAAGAAUUAUAACCUUAAUAAUCGAUUACAACAUGAUGUUGCACAUCUUUUCAUAAAAGACACACAAGGCACGACGCUUGGUGUUGCAUAUGUUAAAGGAAUAUGCCUGAAUCCUUUUAAUAGUGGAGUUGAUGUUUUUGAAGAUGAGAAGUUGGUCAUUUUUGCAGUUACCUUGGGCCAUGAGCUUGGUCACAAUUUGGGUAUGCAACAUGACACCCAGUGGUGUGUGUGUGAGCUACGGUGGUGCAUAAUGCAUGCCUAUAGAAAGUUAACAACUAAAUUUAGCAACUGCAGUUAUGCCCAAUAUUGGGACAAUACUAUCAGUAGUGGAUUAUGUAUUCAACCUCCUCCAUAUCCAGGGAAUAUAUUUAGACUGAAGUACUGUGGGAAUCUAGUUGUUGAAGAAGGAGAGGAAUGUGACUGUGGAACCAUACAGCAGUGUGCAAAAGAUCCCUGUUGUCUGUUAAACUGUACUUUACGUCCUGGGGCUGCUUGUGCUUUUGGAAUGUGUUGCAAAGACUGCAAAUUUCUGCCAUCGGGAACUUUAUGUAGACAAAAAGUUGGUGAAUGUGACCUUCCAGAGUGGUGCAAUGGGACAUCCCAUCAAUGCCCAGAUGAUGUGUAUGUGCAGGAUGGGAUCUCUUGUAAUGUGAAUGCCUUCUGCUAUGAAAAGACAUGUAAUAACCAUGAUACACAGUGUAAAGAGAUUUUUGGCCAAGGUGCAAGGAGUGCAUCUCAGAGUUGCUACCAAGAAAUCAACACCCAAGGAAACCGUUUUGGUCACUGUGGUAUUGUAGGUACAACAUAUGUAAAAUGUUGGUCCCCUGAUAUCCUGUGUGGGAGGGUUCAGUGUGAAAAUGUAGGAGUAAUUCCCAAUCUGCUAGAGCAUUCCACAGUGCAGCAGUUUCACCUCAAUGACACCACUUGCUGGGGCACUGAUUAUCACUUAGGGAUGGCUAUACCUGAUAUUGGUGAGGUGAAAGAUGGCACAGUAUGUGGUCCAGAAAAGAUCUGCAUCCGUAAGAAGUGUGCCAGUAUGGUUCAUCUGUCACAAGUCUGUCAGCCUAAGACCUGCAACAUGAGGGGAGUCUGCAACAACAAACAACACUGUCACUGCAACCGUGAAUGGGCACCCCCCUACUGCAAGGACAAAGGCUAUGGAGGUAGUGCUGAUAGUGGCCCACCUCCUAAGAACAACAUGGAAGGAUUAAAUGUGAUGGGAAAGUUGGGUUACCUGUCACUAUUGUGCCUUCUUCUUUUGGUUGCUUUUUUAUUUUGCUUACGUGUGCUUUUAAAGAAACGCACAAAAAGUAAAGAAGAUAAAGAAGGAUAAGAGAAAUGGGAAAAAGAAGGAGACUAAGCUUCAUACUUCAUUUUUAAUAUCUAAUUUUUCUUAAUAGAAAAAUAUGAAUGCAUGUCUCACUGUUUAAAUAAAACGUCAUGGACAUUUCAUGUCAGGAUCACAAGCAUUAUCUAUCACAGCAAAGGAUUCCUAGCAUAUUCUUACUCUACAGUGUCUUAAGCAAUAUUAAAGAUUCCUUUUCCCAGAAGUUGUGUCUUUAUGUUUCCUGAGCAAAGGCACAGAAAAGAUAGUUUCAAGCUCUUGUCCCUCAGU